GGGAAACGGAAGCGGAAGUGCCGCCAUCUCCUCGUACCAGCCGAGCAACGGCAGGGUCAGUAUAGAUGUUAUUUGAGAAAGUAGCGCUAUUAUAUUCGCAAAAGCGGUUAUAUGACACGUUCUAUAUGUAAAUGCCGAGCACGACUCGAGGGGCGAUAGUUGUGAAGGAAAACCGCUGCCGAGUCACUCUGUCACGCACUCACACGCGUCUCUUUAUGAGUUGAGUUAGCAUAGCGCGGCGCUCACGUCUCUAGAUGAGUGUUUUUAAUUUAGCACCGUGACAGGCAACAGCGCGCUCCUUUACUCCCGUCUCCACUGACAAUAACCCGCUUUCUGCUAUUCGGCUGGAUGUCUGGUGGUGUUUGAGAGGAAGAACAGAAGCUCAGCGAUAAUUCACCCCACAUCUGUGCUUCUGGGCCCUCAUGUGGCCGCCGUGCAGAGGUUUGGAACAGUGGACAGGCUAAGCACUCAGAGACCCCGACCUGAGCACACACACAAAGAGAGACUGAGAGGGGGGGAGAGAGACUGACACUCCCAGGUAUAGUACACUUCACAGACGCUUCCUGGAGCCAGACUCACACGUCAUCAGAUGCUCUUGUGUUUACAGGGCUUUUAGGUUGGGGAAUUCCUGGGGCUGCGCUUCCAUGGUUACAGAGGGUGCACGAUUUUGCAGAACCUGAUAGCCAGCCUGUUGCCAUGUCGACAUCAUCUCUGCGGCGACAAGUGAAGAACAUUGUUCACAAUUACUCAGAGGCAGAGAUAAAGGUUAGGGAAGCAACCUCUAAUGACCCAUGGGGUCCCUCUAGCUCUCUGAUGUCAGAGAUUGCUGACCUGACAUACAAUGUUGUGGCCUUCUCAGAGAUUAUGAGCAUGGUCUGGAAGAGACUCAAUGACCAUGGGAAGAACUGGAGACAUGUAUAUAAAGCUAUGACUCUUAUGGAGUAUCUGAUAAAGACGGGUUCAGAGAGAGUGGCACAGCAAUGCAGGGAAAACAUCUACGCCGUUCAGACGCUCAAAGAUUUCCAGUACAUAGACAGAGAUGGCAAGGACCAGGGUGUGAAUGUACGGGAAAAGGCCAAGCAGCUGGUGACUUUGCUAAAAGAUGAGGAGAGGCUACGAGAGGAGAGGAUCCAUGCACUCAAGACCAAAGAGAAGAUGGCACAGACCAGCAGUGCAUCUUCGGCCCCUUCUGCUCCUGCUUUAGGGGGAGGACUGCACUCGGGAGCAGACGCUGAGCAGGCGUGGCCCCAGAGCUCUGGAGAGGAGGACCUGCAGCUCCAGCUGGCACUGGCCAUGAGCAAGGAGGAGGCGGAGCAGACUAGCAAAGACCCUCUGGAAGAUGCAGAGCUCCGCUACGCACUCACAGUCAGCCAGAAGACUCACCAAAAGGAGGAGCGUCUGCGCAGGGGAGACGACCUGAGGCUGCAGAUGGCCAUCGAGGAGAGUAAGAGGGAGAAAUCCAAGCCCGAGGAGUCGUCUCUGAUGGAGUUGAGUGCCGUAGAUCCAUGGGGGGCUCCUGCGACGGGCUCCGCAGGACCCUCUCCUCCUCCCGCUUUGGCUCCUGCGUCUACCGCUGGGCCAUGGGGCCCCGCUGACCCGUGGGGAGCCGCCUCCCCCGCCUCUCCCCCGAGUACUGACCCCUGGGGAGGAGCACCGGCAACAGUAGCCCCGGACCCAUGGGGCGACUCGUCCUCUAGAGUGAACUCUGACCCCUGGGCGUCCACAGCUGUGACCCCUCCAAGUGCCGACCCUUGGGCUCCCUCAGUGGCUCCGGCCCCUACCCCGCUCUCAGGGUCAACCGAUCCCUGGGCAGCGGUAGGAGCUGCCCCUGCCACUGACGGUCUGACCUCUGACCCCUGGAGUGGCUCAUUUAAACAAGCUAACGGCACAGCAGAUCCAGAGAGAAGAGGCUCCUCAGUGACAGGAGGUGAUACUGGAGGUGGCGGCAGCACAGGCUCUCCGGUGCCCUUUGAUCUUUCAUCGCUCAGUUCCUCCUUGCCUGUUCGAAAAACACCAGAGUCAUUCUUGGGUCCCAAUGCUGCGCUCGUGGAUUUGGACUCGCUAUUAUCAUCAAAACCUAAACAACCACCACCGCCAAGCAUCUCCUCCACAUCUCACAACCCCUUCCUACAGACACAGGGUCCCUCCUCAACAGGUAUGGGAGUUACUCCGGGCAGUACCAUUUCCAGUAGAGGGGUGUCUCCGACCCCGCCUUCUGCUUCUAAUCCUUUUGGCGCGACCCCGAUGGCAUCCAUCUCCUCUCAACCUUCUUCGCUCAGUCUAAGCCAGCUCCGCACGAGCCCCAUUCCCCAGAAUCCUAUGCUGGGUCACAUGCCUCCACCAGCAGUGGGAAUGGUUCAGCCGGGGAUGGGCAUGCCAGGAAUGGGGGUCCCUAUGGUGGCCCCUGGUAUGGGCAUGGGAAUGGUACAAUCCAGCUCAAUGGGCAUGCCUUUUGGUGGAAUAUCCCCCAUGGGUCCUGCAGGAAAUCCCUUGCUAAUGGGCCCCGGAGGCCCUGCGCAGCCUGCACUGAUUUUGGGCGGGCCGUCGGGGGUGGGUGGAGUAAUGGGAACAGGAGGAUCCAUGGGAGGUGGAACCACAGGCGCAAGCACCAAUCCUUUCCUUCUUUGAGAGAUUUCACAAAUCCCGUGUGCCCUGUCCACUCAACAACCAAUCCAAACCUGCCCUACCAACACAAACAGUUUGUGU